ACUAAAUUGGCGUUCUUGAUUCUCUACCAAUCCGGCUCCGUUUCUCAGUCCCGUGUGUAUAUUCGGCCGGGCAGUAGUUGCUACUCGGGACCGCAGAAGAUGGCUUCACCAAGGACAAUAACAAUUGUCGCUCUCUCCUUCGCUCUUGGUCUGUUUUUUGUCUUCAUGGGUACUAUUAAGCUCACACCAAGAUUAAGCAAAGAUGCAUACAGCGAGAUGAAACGAGCAUAUAAGAGCUAUGCCAAGGCUCUGCCAGGCCUGAAGAAGAUGGGCAUCACUUCGGUACUUCUGCGCAAGAUCAUCGGCACUCUGGAGCUGGGCUGCGGCGUUGUGCUGACUCUGGUGCCUGGGCGGCCCAAGGACAUGGCUAACUUCCUUCUGCUGCUGGUCAUGCUGGCGGUCCUCUUCUUCCACCAACUGGUGGGUGACCCUCUGAAGCGGUACGCCCACGCCCUGGUCUUCGGGAUCCUGCUGACCUGCCGACUCCUCAUCGCCCGGCAGAACGAGGAGAGGCCCGAGAGGGACGAGAGCAGACAGCAGCACGUCAAUGCUCAGGAAAAGAACAAAGUCAAAGUGUCCUAGUAUAUCCUCCUCUGCCCCAGCCCCGCUCUCCAUGCUGUGCGGAACCGCGCUGAGAGGAUGUAUGGACGUCCCACUGGAUUAUAGAAUUACCGAUGAAAGAAAACAUUGUCACGCAAAAAAGAUAGUUGCAGCCCUGGAAGUGUGAUUGUUUUCACCUGCUCCCUUCCUGACAGGCAGUCCGCUGCUCCACCCUACCCCCUGCGACACACGCCACCUACACCUUUGCCAUCAAAAUCUCCUGCUUCUGCCAACUGCUGUGAGACAGCACCUUGUGGAAACCUAAUUUUAUGCAAAGAGACUCUUGUUUCUUGUUUUUGUUCUUAAUGCAAGCAUUUUAUUAUACCAUCUUAUACUAGUAUUUUAAGAUGGUCUAUCAUAAUAUCAUCUUAUGAGUGAGGAUGUGGUAUUCAUUAAGUAAUUUCAAUACUGAGGGGUUUGCAGUCUGUAUUGAACAGGACAUAUAAUAUUUCAUACAUAAAAUCCAGAAUGGCACUGUAUAUCCAUACUGUAAAAGUUAAUAUUGAAAUAGCUUCAUAAUGUAAGAUUUUUGAUGAUAUUCUCUUAGCAGUGCACAUGGACAGCAUGUAGAAUACAAGAAAACCUUGAAAUUGUAUUUAUUAUAUAUUUAAAUUCCUUUAGUUUAGGUAGGUAGUCUUUUUUUAUACCAAGAUCUGCAUGGAAAAUUGUCCACAUGAAAUUCCCAACUCAUUGUGAAAAUGGAGCCAUUUUUAGUAAUGAAAUGGAUUUGUGUAUUUGCAAAUACAGGCAAUGUAGUCUUUACCUUCCUUUGUAAUGAAUCAUCUAAUGUGUUUUUCUCAAUUCCAUUUCACUUGUAUGAAUAUAAAAAAUGUUGCCAAUAAAACUGAGGAAAAAGGAAAACAAAGGCCUAAAUCUAAAUCAAAUGGUGAGCAGAAUAAUAAGGAAUUGGUCUGCUCCAGAAAAUUGCAUCUACAAGUUUCAGAAGGUAACAGGUGUGCCAAUGGUUUGGGGUUAUUUUUUAAACAAACAACUUGUGGGUUCAUAUAUAGAGCAGAAAUGUUAUGCCAUAAAGGAAAACUAAUUCACAUUCAAAGUUCAUAUGUUUGAAUAGAUAUGUGCUACUAUACCAUUACAUGGAAGGGAUAUGUAAGGGUACAUUUUGUACCAUGUCGUCAAAAAAUAUAGAGGUAACUCAGGUAAAAUGUGGUAUUGAUAGUCUUAUGGUAUGUAAGGUAUACGUUAUUUGUUACACAUCCCUCCCUGUCCUUAGUCAGCAUAGUUGAAUAAAAAACACCAAUAAUGCUGAUUGCUGAACUUGAUGUAUGCUUGUAAGAUAAAAUGAGAAGAAUAAAGACAAGGGAAAAAUCAA